CAAAAAUAUUUAAAUUUAUUUUUCUUAAACCUUAUUCUUUCAUGGGCCAAGUGGAAAACCCGAAUUAAACACCAGAGGUUGAAGUGGUAAACCCUAAACCCUAACUCUCUCGCCGGCGAGUACAUUGACGUUGCAAAUCACUCGAACAGUAGGCAAUACAAAGUGUGUCUGUAAUAAAAAUGUUGCUCCGUUUGAUUCGGAGAUCUUAUGCUGCUGUUCGCCCUCUAUCGACUGAAGCUUCGACAACAGUUAAGUCCACAGGAUCAGGAGGUGGAAGUGGCAUUACCACUAGCUUAGAAGGUGGCACUAGUACUCGUGGCAGAGACACACUAGGGAGGAGGCUUUUGAGUUUGAUCUAUGCAAAACGUAGUGCUGUCAUUGCUAUACGCAAGUGGAAGGAAGAGGGGCACCCUGUCCGGAAGUAUGAGCUCAAUCGCAUUGUCCGGGAGUUGCGAAGACACAAACGAUAUAAACACGCCCUUGAGGUUUGUGAAUGGAUGAGGGUACAAGAUGAUAUCGAACUAUUAUCUGGUGACUAUGCAGUUCAUUUGGAUUUGAUUGCAAAAGUUCGUGGUAUGAACAGUGCAGAGAAGUUUUUUGAAGACCUACCUGAUAAACUGAAGGUCCAGACCACCUGUACUGCCCUUCUCCACACCUAUGUCCAGCAUAAGGACACUGCUAAAGCUGAGUCUUUGAUGGAAAAAAUGUCUGAAUGCGGGUUCUUGAAGUACCCUCUUCCUUAUAAUCAUAUGCUUACCUUAUACAUAUCCCAAGGGCAACUAGAAAAGGUUCCAGGCCUGAUUCAGGAAUUGAAGAAAAAUACAUCUCCUGAUAUUGUCACAUACAAUCUGGAGUUGGCAGUUUUUGCAUCACAGAAUAAUGUUGAAGCUGCGGAAAAAGCGUUCCUUGAGCUAAAGAAGGCAAAAUUGGAUCCUGACUGGAUAACAUUUAGCACCUUAACCAACAUCUACAUUAAAAGCUCACUUCAGGAUAAGGCAAAGUCAACUUUGAGAGAAAUGGAGAAAAGGAUUUCCAGGAAGGGUCGAACUGCAUAUGCUUCUCUCGUUAGUUUGCAUACAAAUCUACAGAGCAAGGAUGAAGUUUUCCGAAUAUGGAAGGAGAUGAAGUCACUCUUCCGUAAAGUGAAUGAUACAGAAUAUAGUUGUAUUAUAUCGUCGUUACUGAAGUUGGAUGAAUUUGGAGAAGCAAUGAAUCUGUACACUGAAUGGGAAGCUGGUUCUGUCACCAAGGAUACUAGGAUUGCAAAUUUAAUUCUUGCUGCUUACAUUAACAGAAGUGAGAUGGAAAAUGCUGUUGAUUUUCACAACAGAAUGGCGCAGAAAGGCAUAACUCCUAGCUGCACCACUUGGGAGCUUCUUACACGGGGUUAUUUGAAGCAAAAGGAAAUGGAUAAAGUUCUCGAAUUUUUCAAAAAAACUGUCACUAGUGUUUCAAAAUGGAAUCCGGAUGCAAAGAUGGUUCGAGAGAUGUUUCAUGUAGUUGAAGAGCAGGGCGACAUUCAGAUGGCAGAACAGUUACUAGUUACCCUUCGACAUGCUAAGUUUGUGAAUACAGAGAUCUAUAAUGCACUUCUCCGAACUUAUGUGAAUGCUGGUAAGAUGCCAAUGAUAGUUACAGAGAGGAUGAAAAAGGAUAACGUGGAGAUGGAUGAGGAAACGCGAAAAUUAAUUGGAAUAACUAGCAAGAUGACUGUAACUGAGGUUCCAAAUGGGGUUGCUUAAGAACAAAGCUGGACUUUCAACUUUGUAAAAUAUUCAGAUUAUGCACAAGAAACUUCUGUUUUGUAGCAAUUACUAUGCCUACCACAACAGCCACAUGUUUUCUAUUUAUAUAUCCAUUGAACAGUUACUGUAAUAGUUGACGUAGUGAUUUCAAUUUUCAUUAGUCAAUCAAUGAAAUACUCCUACUUCUGGC